CCGGUAAAGUUGGCGCGUGCGCAAAAGGCUCCCGGGCCUUUUACUUCGGGUAUCAAGAGUUCCUUUUCGGAAAACGGACCCCAAGCCGAUGGCGGCGGCCGCUCUGAAGAGACUUUGGUCCCGAAGCCGCGUAGAGGCGGGCAACGCGGCGGCAGCGAAACCGGGCGUGUGGGCUCGGUUGGGCGCCUGGGCCCGCGCGCUGCUCCGGGACUACGCCGAGGCCUGCAGGGACGCGGCGGCCGACGCUCGGGCCCGGCCGGGGCGCGCGGCGGUGUAUGUAGGGCUGCUGGGCGGCGCGGCGGCCUGCUGCGCGCUGUCGCCGAGCGAGGCUGCCUUCGAGGAGGCGUUGCUCGACGCGUCGGGGACCCUCCUGCUGCUGGCGCCGGCCACGCGCAACCGCGACUCGGAAGCCUACGUGCAGCGGCUGCUGUGGCUGCGGGGCCGCGGCUGCCUCCGCCACGUGAACCUGGGGCUCUGCUCGCUCGUGUACGAGGCGCCCUUUGACGCCCAGACCAGCCUCUAUCGAGCCCGCUGCCGCUACCUGCAGCCCCGCUGGACCGACUUCCCGCGCCGGAUCUUGGAUGUGGGCUUUGUGGGUCGCUGGUGGGUGCUGGGGGCCCGGAUGCACGACUGCGACAUCAACGACGAAGAGUUCCUCCACCUGCCGGCACACUUGCGCGUCGUCUGGCCCCACCAGCUGCACUCCGAGACCAAUGAGCGGCUCUUCGAUGAGAAGUACAAGCCCGUGGUGCUCACUGAUGAUCAGGUGGACCAAGCCCUGUGGGAGGAGCAGGUCUUGCAGAAGGAGAAGAAGGACAGGCUCGCCCUGAGCCAGGCCGACUCGCUGGUGCAGUCGGAGGUCCCGAAAUGAGUUCAGGGCUCCGAGCCCUGGCAGACUGUUUGCCCGGGAUUGUGCAAUUGGUGUGAGUGAGCCCCACAUGCAGAGGCACUGAGAUAAGUUAUGUGUAGAGUGUCAUUUCACUAGGUUGUUACAAGUCUGGGAAGCCUUUCUCCCUUUCUCUUUGUUCCUUGUUAGCUGGUUAAUUCAGAGCCUUCUUGACUUAGGAGUUGGGGAGAGCAGUGACUUGACCUUGUAAUGUUUAUCACUGCGAGAGCUAGUAAUGAGCCUUUUACAUAGUCCCUUUGUUUUUUCACUGGGCCUCACAGUCCCCAUGACAUUGGUCAGGUGACUCCCAAACUCUCCCACAACCUUUCAGAUUUUUUAGAAAUUUGAGCCGAAGUGUUUUUAUUCUGUGAUCUAUUCUGUUUUUUAUUUUUAUACGUAACAAUUUUUCCCAGACACG